AUGUGGCGUAUAUAUAGCUUUCCACGGUCUAAAAUCCACCCGAGUGUCAUGUCAUUGCAACUCCAUCUUCCACUUCAGCACUACGUUCGAUUUAGGGAGAGUGAACGACUAACAGCUGUUAUGGAGAGGGGGCGAAAUAGAAGAUCAAUGUUGACUACAUUUUUUGAUCUCAAUAGAGAGUUCGAGCCUGUAAGACAACAUUUAUACAAAGAUAUCCCAAAACACUUCACGUGGGUUGCAGACAAAUGUCGAUGGAAGCCUCGCGGUGGAAACCAUUCAACAAGGGGGCGGGUUGUCUCAGCUAACCCAGCAGAAGGUGAACGAUACUACCUACGGGUGCUUUUAAUGCAUGUGCCAGGACCUCAGAGCUUUGAUGAUCUUUACAAAGCCAACGGUGUUACAUACACAACGUUUCGAAUGUCAGCACUUGAAAGAGGUUUGAUUGAGAAUUAUGACUCUUUAUCACAAUGCCUUACAGAGGCUACCGUGUUUCAGUUCCCACACUCAUUGAGAAGACUGUUUGCCACUAUAUUGAUAUUUUGUAACUCGGGGGAUGUCCGAAAGUUGUGGGAUGACCAUUAUGAUUCACUUGCGGAAGACUAUAUAAGUCGUUUUAGAAAUAGUGAUCAAGUUCUAAAUAUGGUUCUUAGAGAUGUCUCAGUAUUUCUUCAAUCUAUGGGUAAGAGUCUGCAUGAUUUUGACCUUCCUCAUAUGACCACCAAUUAUGCCGAAUCAGGGGGUUUUCGUGAGUUACACGAAGAAAGUUCCAUAGCCAUCAAAGACAAUCAUCUGCGCGCCAAGCAUGAACUAAACCCUGAUCAGAGGUUCACAUACGACUCCAUAAUGAGGCACGUUGUUUGUAAUAUUCCAGGAGUGUUCUUCAUAGAUGGCCCCGGUGGAACAGGGAAAACCUUUUUGUAUAAUGCUCUACUUGCUGAGGUUCGUUCCCGUGGACAUAUUGCCAUAGCCACUGCUUCGUCUGGAGCAGCCGCAAAUAAUAUGCCCGGUGGGUGA